AGUGGACCGGACCAGUGUAUUUAACUAAUUGGUGAGGUGCUCUCACAUCAGAGACAGCCUGCGCGCUCCUCUCUCACAGUCUCACAGCGCCGGUGCCCCCAGGAUGAAGCCGCCUCCUCUCCUGACCUUCUUUGGCCUCCUGGCGGCCCUGGCAGACGGGAACCUGGUCCAGUUCGGGGUGAUGAUCGAGAGGAUGACGGGCAAGUCGGCCCUGCAGUACAACGACUACGGCUGCUACUGUGGCCUCGGCGGGGCCCACUGGCCGGUGGACGCGACAGACUGGUGCUGCCACGCCCACGACUGCUGCUACGGCCGGCUGGAGAAGCUGGGCUGUGAACCCAAAUUCGAAAGGUAUCUCUUCUCCACCAGCAAGGACGACAUCUUGUGCGCCGGUAAAACCGCCUGCCAGCGACAGACGUGCGAGUGUGACAGGAGAGCAGCUCUCUGCUUCCGCCGCCACCUGGACACCUACAGCUGCAAGUUCGCGCACUACCCCAACAAGCUGUGUGUGGGGCCCACCCCGCCCUGCUGAGGCUGCCCGCCCGAGGCCCCACGUCCAGCACUGCAGCCCCAGGCCUGAAG